AUGGUGACUCGCGCAAUUGGCACUCUGCAGCGCAAGGGCGAUGUUGCAAAACCAGAGCUGCAGCUUCAGGCACUCGAGGCUCAACAUCUUGGUCGGGUGUCAAGGACGCCUGCCGGCAAGAGCGGAGACCCCAGCAGCAGCAGUGGCAGCAGUCGCCAUGAUCACGAGUCAAGAGGCGGCAGCAGCAGUGACGACGAACGUGACUGCAGUAGCAGUGGCGGCGGAGGCGCUGAAGCCAUCGCUUCCUCAAAACGAAAGCGCAGAAGACGCUCCGAAAGUGGGGCAGGGCCCAGUUCGGAUCCAGGAUUGGAUUCAGAUUCGACAUCUGGGACGAGCAGCGACAGCAGCGAAAGUAGCGACCCAGACUUAGAGCCUGAGCAAGCCAAGCUCAUGGCAGCCGCGGCGCUACCCAACGCGGCCAGCCACAUGAACAAGUCGCUGCUCAAUAUGUACGCACGCACCGCAACACCUGCGGUUGCGCCAGCGCCUCAAGCACCAGGCUCCGCUGCAGGGAGUGGAACUGGUGCCACCGGGUCGUCCCCGCCGGCGUUUGCAUCGCCAGAGAUCGUUGCGGCUGCGGCGGCUAGGGCGCUCGCGAAGGAGCGGGUAGAGAGAAGGGAGACGGCAAUGCGUAAAGCGGGCAGGAACAGCGGAACUGUCCCUGGAGCGAUGGCUUCGCGUGCCGCUGCAGACCCGGAUGGACCCUCUACCAGCGGCCGUUCUGCUGCCGCGGCCGGCACGGCGGCGGCGGCGGCAGUAGUGGCCCCUGACGGAGCAGUAGCACCGGCUGUUAAUGGACUACAGACUGCCGCUGCUGUCGUACUCACAGCGGCAGGUCCCCAGGUGAUCAAUGCUGCCGCGGCCAGCGGCCCGGCGGAUGAAGCAGGUGCCUGCGGUGGCAGCAACGUGGCUGUUGCUGUAGCAGUGAAGCGACCGCGGGAAGCCGACGCGACGGAAGACGUGGGCGGCCCGGCCGCAUUGCAGGGGGAUCAGGGGCAUCGGCCACAACUGCAACAUCAACCGCAACAACCUUUACAAACUAAACCUGCUGCGAAACGCGCGCGGCGGCUUGCCGGGAUUGGCGGUAGUGGCGGCGCUGGCGGUGGGGGUUUGGGCGGUGCAGGUGGAGGCGGCAGUGCCGUGACGGUCGCGAAGCCGUUGUCUUACGCGGAUCUUGGCGGCAUUGAGGAAGUCCUGGCGGACAUUCGUGAACUUAUUGAGUAUCCCAUAAAGCACCCCGAGGUGUACGCCUGGCUGGGUGUGGAGCCCCCUCGGGGGGUGCUGCUGCACGGUCCACCUGGCUGCGGAAAGACUGCACUAGCCAACGCGAUCGCGAAUGAGUGCGGAGUGCCCUUCCUGAAGGUGAGCGCGCCCGAGAUUGUGAGCGGCAUGAGUGGCGAGAGCGAGGCUAAGCUGCGGCAGCUGUUCGGGGAGGCUCGUGACCUGGCACCCUGCAUUGUGUUCAUAGCUUCGGCCGGGAAAGAUGAGAUAGACGCCAUCUUUCCGAAACGUGAGACGGCGCAGCGCGAGAUGGAGCGACGUAUCGUGGCGCAGAUGCUUACGUGUAUGGACGACCUCUCGUCAGCGGGUGCCGGGGUCGAGGCGGCAACGGCCACGGCAGCGCCCAAGCUGCAGAACGUCGGCGAGCGUAGGGAGGAAGGCAGCAACGGCGCCGCCAUGGUGCACACUGCACCGCCGCCCCCGCCGCCGCAUGUGGUCGUCAUUGGAGCCACGAACCGUCCCGACGCAUUGGACCCCGCACUGAGACGUGCUGGUCGCUUUGACAGGGAGAUUGCGCUCGGGAUACCGACGGAGGCGGCUCGGGUCAAGAUCCUGCAGGUCAUCUCCAGGAGGUUGCGAUUGGAGGGCAAUUUGGACUUGCGCGCCGUCGCGAAGCGAACUCCGGGCUUUGUCGGUGCUGACCUCACGGCCCUGACAAAAGAGGCGGCAGCCGUCGCCGUCACCCGGAUAUUUUCGCAGCUCGCGGACGCUGCCAAGCCGGCGCUUCCUGCCGGCGUUGCAGCGGCGGCGAGCUCCGUCACUGACGCGGCGGCUGCGGAAGCGGAAGCAGAGGCGGCUCCUUGGCCGCCACCGGUUGUGGUGGCUGGGAUGAGCCGUCUGGGCAGGGGUCCCCUGGGGCCAGAGGAGCUGGCGGGCUUGGCCAUCACGAUGGCGGAUUUUGAGACAGCACUGCCCAAGGUCCAACCUAGCGUCCGCCGUGAGGGCUUCACCACCACCCCGGAUGUGACCUGGGACGAUGUGGGGGCGCUUGCAGAGGUGCGCGAGGAGCUAUCGUUUGCGAUCACAGAACCCAUUCGCAACCCCGAGCGCUUCGAAGCGUUGGGACUGCCCGCCGCGACCGGUGUCCUACUGUACGGACCUCCCGGUUGCGGCAAGACGCUGGUGGCCAAGGCCGUCGCGAAUGAAUCAGGCGCCAACUUCAUUUCGAUCAAGGGCCCUGAGCUGCUUAAUAAGUACGUGGGCGAGAGCGAACGGGCGGUACGGCAGCUCUUUGCGCGGGCCCGUGCAGCACAUCCCUGUGUGCUCUUCUUUGACGAGAUGGACGCCCUGGCCCCUAGGAGGGGGACGGACAACAACCAGGCGGCGGAGAGGGUCGUCAACCAGCUCCUGACUGAGAUGGACGGAGUGGACAGCCGUCAGGGGAUCUUCAUGGUGGCCGCAACCAACCGCCCCGACAUGAUUGACCCCGCACUGCUGCGCCCUGGUCGCCUCGACAAGGUGCUGUACGUACCGCUCCCGCCGCCGCGCGACCGCAUCUCCAUCCUACGUGCCCUGGUACGCCGCACCCCUCUCGAGCCGGGGGUGGACUUGGAAGCGGUGGCAACAGACGCACGCUGCGACGGAUUUAGCGGUGCUGACAUGGCGGCUCUGGUGCGUGAGGCGGCCAUUGCGGCGCUGAAGGAGUCCAUGGCGGCAGGGCCAGCAGCUGCCUCUCCCAGCGUGGGCAUGGGACACUUCAAGACGGCUCUGGGCCGUGUGCAGCCGAGCGUGAGCCGCAGGGACCACAAGGCCUAUGAGGCGCUUCGGCUUCGGCUGCGAAGCACCCGAUCACACAUUCAGCCGGACGCAGAUAUCAAACCCACGACAGCGGAAGGGGUUGCUGCUAUUGGCGGCGGCCGCAUUAUCGCUGGAGAGGACGGCAUUGCCAUUACUACCACCGCGGGCGGCGGCAACGCCUUAGGUGUCGGGGGUCGCGACGGCGACGGUGAUGCUGUCUUGGGGGAUGUCUCAGCGGACGACGCAGGGCUGGUGGCAAUGGCGGCCGCAGCUUGUGCUAGUGCUGGUGCUGCAGGGGCCGCAGCAGAGCCGGAGCCUGGGAUGGGCGGCGAUGGUGGAGCUUCGAUGGCUGUCUCCAUGGACGACCAGCUGUCGGAACGUGUUUCGGAGAAAGCCUUCGGAGCAACGCAGAGCAGUGCAGCGGUGUCUCGGGGAAAGUAUUCCAAUGCCAAGGUCUUUCGUUGGAGUAGAUUGCAUAUUCGUGCGCGAAAGCCUGGAGGGCUGACGGUCACCCUCACACCAGCAGCGGCGCAAUCCGCCAGUAUAAGAAUAGAGCCACAUCCUAUUUAUGACAGCACAGACUACGCCUCGUUACAAGUCCUGGUUGAGAAAACCUCUAGCGAGGGCUUGUACGGCGGUGUACGGCUCCUCACGGCUGCUGUCAAACGUUUUGCACAGUACUGCAAGGAGAAGCACAUUCCUCUAUCGGUACCCAUGAACGGCGGCGGUUUCACGCUAUCGUACGACACCAAUGUGCCACGUCAAACAGGCCUCGCAGGCUCCUCCGCAAUUAUAUACUCUGCCAUCAAGUGCCUGAUGGAAUGGUACGGCGUCGACGAGACUGCAUUGCCGUACUCGGCACACCCGCAACUGGUCCUAUCUGUUGAGGCCGGGGAGCUGGGCAUUGCUGCGGGGCUGCAAGACCGCGUGGUGCAGGUGUACGGUGGUGUCGUACAUAUGGACUUUGACCGGGCGUACAUGGCGGCAAAUGGUGGCGUCGGGCGCUACAGCCGCAUCGCCGCCUCACUGCUGCCGCAGCCGCUCUACAUCAUGUACUCACAGAACCCUAGCGAGAGCGGCAAGGUGCACAGCGGUGUCAAGGAAAAAUGGUUGGCAGGCGACCGGAAGCUCAUGAACCGCAACGCCGAGCUCAGGCGAGGCCCAGGUUGCGUGUGGUCUCCAGCGCGGGGUCAUAUCUUCAAGCCGGGUGCACAGCUGCACUGUGGCGUCCUCCUUCCCGCGACCGUGGGCCUUGCGGCCGUCUUCAGGCACCCCUCGGGGCGCUGCUGCGCUGUCCCCCCGCUGCACCUCACAUGGGGUGCGGCAUGGCGCGAACUCUUUGGUGAGGAAGUCCUUGGGGCUCGAAACCUGCGGAUGGUGGAGCUGUGCAAGUAUGUGAUGGGGUCGGUGGGUGCCGGUGUCAACUACACGGGUAGCGGUGGUGCAGUGGUGGUGUUCUGCCCGAGUGGCGAGGAGCAGGCGGCAGCGCUGCGGGAGAAGGGCGCGGAGGAGGGCUUCACGUUGGACCGGGUGAGGGUGGGGCUUGAGCGGGCGCCCCUGCCGCCAGCAGCCCGCCAGCAGCUAGAGUACAUGGCGGGUGGAAGGCUCGGACCCAGGCCCGAGCGACAUGGCCUUGUAGCAGCUGCGGAAGCCCCACACGCCUGCUUCCCUCAAACGCCGUGGCAGGUGUCGGAAUCCAGCUCCACUGGGCGCGGAGGAGCGCCGUCCACAUCCUAUAACGGUCGAUCGACCUCGCCUAAUAUUCGCCCCACAAACGCACCUCUUCAAUUACUCGUCCGCGCGGCGAAAGAGGCGCGAGCUCUAUCGGCGGCACCCGCGGAGCUAUCGGAGGUUUCUUCCCGUCUGGCGGCGGCGCAAAGCUGGCCUGGCUUGCAGGUCAUUUCCCUGCAGUUCCAAGGCCGACUGGACCAAGAGAGCUUGGUUGCCGUACUCAGGAAGGCAGCACAACUAGCAGCGACGUCCCGCGACGGUCGCUCCUCCCCGAGCGCCUCAGACCAGUACGCGUGCUCGCGCUUCUUGGAGUGUGUGGCGGUGAGCUGCGCGUCACUAGUGCCAGCCAUGACGCCGAACACGGUGGCGGCGGUGCUGGGUACUCUGGGGGGGCUGGCGGACUGCGGAUUGGUCAACAUGCGGCAGGUUCCCAAUGUGGUGGUAGUUCUCGUCCAGGCGCUCAUCCUCGCCUCCUUACCCCAGUUACACAACUACACGGGUCUGCAGCUGGCCUACUUGCUGAGGGGCUGUGCCCUCCUGUCGCCAAGCGGCGUGCCGGAGGUUUGGUUGGACGAGUGGCGCUCCGUAACCUCGGGUGCCGUACUCGCGGACAUGUCCCCGGAUGCGCUCGACGCGGUGGUCGCCAGCUUGCAGGUACUAUUGAUACAUUCGACGUGGGAGGAGGUGGACUUUAGUGUCUGCCGGUUGGCGGCCCUGUAUUCCACUCAGAACUGGCUGCCUCAUGACGCCUGGUUGGGGGAGCUUCUGCGGGCGGUUGAGGGACAGUUGGCGGCGUACGACGGAGAGCGUCUUCGUCAGCUGGUAGUAGCUCUGGCUGGUUUGGGGUUACGUCCCCACACGGACUGGUUCGGCAGCUUCCGUCGGGUUUUCGACUCCCGGGUGGCGGCGGAGGAGGUGGCUCCUCACGAUGUGGCGGGGGUGCUGUACGCGCUCAACAAGUUGGAUGUCGCCUUUGCGUGA